AUGCCUAUCGCCACCCAAACCCAAACCACCACCCUCCCCACCUCUUCCCCCUCUGUGCUGAAGCUCCGAGCACCCAACGCGCAAGAACCCGCACACGUAAAACAACUCCGGGAAAACGGGUUCGCCGUCGUACCCAACGUCUUAGGAAAGGAACGCGCUGAGGAGUAUGUGAGGAGGGCGAAUGAGUGGUUGAAGGCUUUUGGGAAGGGGUUUGAUGUGGAGGAUAGGAGUACUUGGCACGUCCAAAACCUCCCUCCUCAUCACCGGGGAGGACUCUACAACGACCUGGCUGUCGGGCAUGAAGAUCUCCUCUGGUCCAUCCGGGCCGAACCCGAGUUGAUCAAGAUCUUUGCCGAGUUGUGGGGGACGGACGAGUUGUUGGUCUCUUUCGACGGCGCCAACUUUUCCAUCCCCCUACCUAAAGAAGAGAUCCAGAACGGAGGCGCUCCUUGGCCGCACGUCGACCAAUCCCCACUCAAACGCGAGCUCAACUGCGUUCAGGGGAUAAUGAACCUAGCCCCGAACGGACCUACCGACGGUGGCCUCAUGGUCCUCAGCGGGUCUUUCCCCCUGUACAAGCAGUUCUUCGAGGAACAUGCACACGAGGAACCUGAGGGGGGUUGGCCGAAGAUCGAUUCGUACCACCAUACCCCUAGCCAGUUGCAGUGGUUUUAUGAUAGGGGGUGUGAGUGGAAACAUGUGGAUGCGGGGGCGGGGGAUGUGAUCCUCUGGGAUUCGAGGUGUAUCCAUUACGGGGCUGCGCCGACGGGGGAUAAUGCGCGGUAUGCGACUUACGUCUGUUACAAGCCCGCCGAUAUGUGUUCGCCUGAACAUCUGGAAGAGCGUAAACAGGCCGCCGCCAAGUACUACAACAUGUCUCACGACCCUACCUGCGCUCGGGUUGUCACCAACCGUCAAGCUGCCGUCAGGUCCGAACCUUCGAAACCUUUCCAGCAUACCGAGAGGACGAAGCGGUUGGCCGGGAUCGAGGCUUACUAG